CGGUGGCGAAGGCUCAGGCUGUUGGGACCGCUCGGAAGCAGCUCAAUAUAAUGGUGAAGAGUAGUGACUUUGGAAUCAGUAGCACCUGGUUGGUGUUUCAGUUCUCGUUGAGCGGAUAUUAUGAGACCCCAGGUGACUAUGAAAGGCUUAUAUUUUCAACAGAGUUCCACAAAUGAAGAGAUAACAUUUGUAUUUCAAGAAAGGGAAAAUCUUCCUGUCACAGAGGAUAACUUUGUAAAACUUCAAGUUAAAGCAUGUGCUCUGAGCCAGAUAAAUAUGAAGCUUCUGGCAGAAAUGAAGAUGGAGAAGGAUUUCUUUCCUGUUGGGAGAGAAAUUGCUGGAAUUGUGUUAGAUGUUGGAAGCAAGGUAUCAUUCUUUCAACCAGAUGAUGAAGUAGUUGGAAUUUUGCCCCUGGAUUCUGAAGACCCUGGACUUUGUGAAGUUGUUAGAGUACAUGAACAUUAUUUGGUUCAUAAACCAGAAAAGGUUACUUGGACAGAAGCAGCUGGAACCAUUCGGGAUGGAGUACGAGCCUAUACAGCUCUCCAUUAUCUUUCUCAUCUCUCUCCUGGAAAAUCGGUGCUGAUAAUGGAUGGAGCAAGUGCAUUUGGUACAAUAGCUAUUCAAUUAGCACACCAUAGAGGAGCCAAAGUGAUUUCAACUGCAUGCAGCCUUGAAGAUAAGCAAUACCUUGAAAGACUUAGGCCUUCCGUAGCCCGAGUGAUUGAUGUAUCUAAUGGGAAAGUCCAUGUUGCUGAAAGCUGUUUGGAAGAAACAGGUGGCCUAGGAGUAGAUAUUGUCCUAGAUGCUGGAGUGAGAUUAUAUAGCAAAGAUGAUGAACCAGCUGUAAAAUUACAACUACUACCACAUAAACAUGAUAUCAUCACACUUCUUGGUGUUGGAGGCCAUUGGGUAACAACAGAAGAAAAUCUUCAGUUGGAUCCUCCAGAUAGCCAUUGGCUUUUCCUCAAGGGAGCAACAGUGGCUUUCCUUAAUGACGAAAUUUGGAAUUUGUCAAAUGUACAGCAGGGAAAAUAUCUUUGUAUCUUAAAAGAUGUGAUGGAGAAGUUAUCAACUGGUGUUUUUAGACCUCAGUUGGAUGAACCCAUUCUACUAUAUGAGGCAAAAGUUUCCAUGGAAGUUGUUCAGAAAAAUCAAGGAAGAAAAAAGCAAGUUGUUCAAUUUUAAUUUUCAUCUUUCUCAGACCUCAGUUGGAUGAACCCAUCCCAGUAUUUGAAGCCAGAGUUUUCCCUGGAAAUUGCUGAGAAAAACCAAGGAAGAUACAAGCAAGUUGUUCUGUUUUUAAGCAUGUUUUCCUGCUGUCUAAAAGAAGAUGCCCAGUUAUUUGACGUAUUUGAAAAGAAUCACUGUGUAAACUAUCAAGAUAAUUUUAUAAUUAACAUCUAAAGGGAAUAUUCUUUUUAUUGUUUAUAUACAUUUUGCCUCUGCUAUAAAAUUCUUUCCAUGAAGAAAA